AUGCAGGCCUACGCGGCGGGCCAGGCGCGCGCGCCGCAGCGCGCCCGCGAGCUGCGCAUGGGCGCCCCGUUGGGCGCGCCGGGGUGCAGGCGCGCGUGCGCGCGGCCGAUGCGACGGCUGGGCCCCUGCCCUUCUCGCCUGGUUGUUGUGGACGUGCUGCGGCGCGGCACCAGCCACGAGAGCCUGCUGUGCACCGCCUCCUGCAUCCUGGGGGAGUAUGGCCGCCUGGUGGAGGACGCCGCCACGCCCUUUGAGAUGUUCCGCCUGCUCUCCCAGCACCUCGUCGCCGCCUCGCCCCCCACGCGCGGCCUGCUGCUGUCCGCCUCCCUCAAGCUGCUGCUCCAGGCGCCGGGGGACCCCGAGCUCCAGAAAGAGGUGGCGGCAGUGCUGGAGCGCCACGCGCGCUCCGCAGACGCGGAGCUGCAGCAGCGCGCGGUGGAGUACCUGGCCCUGGCCAAGAACCCCGAGUCAGCUGCAGCUUCCUACGUGCUGCCCAUGCCUAAAUGGGAGGGCCGCGAGUCCACGCUGCUGCGGCGGCUGCAGGCGACGGAGGGCGCGGACAGCGACGCCGCCAGCAUCUCAUCCGCCCUCGCCGCCGCGGCCGGCGAGGACGGCGGCGCCGCCAGCGGCGGUGCAGCUGCGCUCGCGUCUGCGGGCUCCUCCUCGCGCCUCGCCAUCGCUGCGGCGCUCAGCGGCGCCGGCGGCGCCUCCGCAGGCUCGAGCCCCUCAAAGGCCGCUGCUGCUGCUGCAGGGAGCGUGGGCACGGGGUCGCCCGCUCCUGGGAGCCCGCUCAAGGGCGAGGGCGCGCGGGCUGCGGCGGGCGAGGUGGCGCAGGAGCAGGCCGCGCAGGAGAAGGCGGCGCCGGCGCCGGCGCCGCCACCGGUGGUGGAUCUGCUGGGGGACGACCUCGGCGCACUAUUUGGCAACGCCGCGCCGGGCAAGGCGGCGCCGGUCGACCCCCUGGACGAGCUGUUUGGCACUGCGCCCGCCGACGCCGCAUCAGCAGCCGUGACAGCGUAUUCGGCUUUCGCCCCCGCCGCUUCCGCCUCCAUCGCACCCGCGCCGCCCAGCCCCGCCGCGGCGAGCGCGCCCGCGCCAGGGUUUAGCGGCGCCCCGCAGCCCGCGGCGCAGGUGCCUGUGACACAGCAGCAGCCGCAGCAGCACCACCAGCAGCAGCAGCAGCAGCAGCAGCCCGCCUCGCCACAUUUGCACCAGCAGCAGCAGCAGCAGCAGCAGCAGCAGCAGCAGCAGCAGCAGCAGCAGCAGCAGCAGCAGCCCUCAUCGCCCCCAGUUCACCAGCAGCAGCAGCAGCAGCAGCAGCAGCAGCAGCAGCAGCCUCCGCCGUACGCCCACGCGCACACCCCAGACCCCUUUGCGCCACCGGCAGCCGCCCCUCCCCCCCUGGCCUACGGCGGCCCCCCGCACGGCCCCUACGCCGGCGCCACCGGCGCCAUGGCCCCCUAUGCCGGCUUCACGGGCGGCAUGGGGCCUUACGCAGGCUUCACCGGCGGCGUCGGGCCCUUUGCGGGGCCCACCGGCGGCUAUGGCGCGCCGGUCAGCGCCUAUGGCGCACCUGUCAGCGCCUACAGCGGCGCGGCCCCGCCGCCGUACGGGCUGCAGGCGCAGGGGCCGUUUGGCGGUGGCGGCGGGCACGAGGGUCCGGUGGUGGCUGGGGACGUUGCGCAGUGGUACAACGGGCUUCUGCUGCGGGACCAGGGCGUGCUGUACGAGGACUCCUUCCUGCAGCUCGGCCUGCAGUGCCGCUACUCGGGGCCGCGCGCCGACGCGACCCUGUUCCUGGGGAACAAGCACCCUGCCGCGCCGCUGCAGCCGCUGGGGCUCGCGCUGGCACCGCCGGCGUCGGGCGCGCUGCAGCUCACCAUGGGCCAGGCGCCGCCGCUGCUGGCGCCGAAGCAGCAGGUGCAGGUGUCGCUGUCUGCGCUGUGCGUCGCGGCCAGCGGGGAGCCGCCGCUGCUGCACCUGUCAUACUGCGUCCCCGGCGGCCUGCCCGGCCAGGCGCUGCAGCGCCAGUCCUACCCCACCGUCACCCUGAUUCGCUUGUAG